AUGCCUUCAAUGCCCGUCGUCGUCUACAACUUGCGGAUCAUCCAUCCUUCGGGCAGUUCAAGCUGCGUAGCUCUUCCGUCCUCCCGCAACGAGUACUCGAUCGCCUCCGAUCCGCUGGAUGGGUCCUACUUCCUACGCGGAGAAGGCGAUAAACAUGGGGAACUUCUCGCCGAAAUCUAUAGGGAGAGGGACGCCGAACAAGACGACUUCUGCUUCUUCUUCUCUCUUUAUCACGGCGAGGCGAGCAUCGUCCUAGAUGCCCUUAACGGCGGUCAGAAGAGAAGAAGAGUACCAACAAGUGAUCCUGAUGGGAAGGAGAAGCUGGUAGCAUUCGAUGAUUCAGAUAUAAUAUUCCUCGGCGAGAACCGUCUGGUCCUGGAAGCUUUGAUUCCCUCUUCAGCGCGACCUGAUGAGCUUCCGGAAGAGGACGACGGCGAAUCGCAGCAGAUUCCAUUCUCGACGGCUCCCGAAAACGACCCGCCACAGCUGCCCCGGCCAGCACUACCACUGGACUCCUCAGUUACGGCGGCAGAAAGUACUCAACCAUGGGUAAAGCCGGCUUAUGACGUACCUGCGACCGAACCAGAUCAAGAUGACACACAAGUUGUCCCUUCAAGCAUGCACGUCGAUGAAGAGCUCGCCCUUCGCGCAGCAUCAUCACCGGCAGCACCACCAGAAGACGACGAGGACGAAGCACCGGAACCGAUUCACUAUGAUCCUGAUGUUCCGAUGAAUGAGGAUGACGAACUGGACGCUGCUACGCGUGACGAGGAAGCGGCGAGAAUCAGGAGUCAGGCGAGAGAUGAGGAGGCUUUGAUGUUCUUGAAACCGGAGGUACCGGAGAGGGAAUACGUUGAGGAGGAUAUAGUGGUCAAGCAUGUACCGGGACUUCCAAAAGGAGAGACGACUGUGGAUGAGACGCAGGACACCUCGGGAUCAGCUGCUGUUCAGAAUGCACCGCAUGGGCUUGCGAAUGGCGCUGACAAGGAGCAGCAGUUUGAGGAACCCAAAGCUGACGUGAAAAUGGAGGAGGCUGUACCAGCGGCGGAAAAAGAUGAUGACACACCAACAUCGCCCUUGACUCCUCCGCCUCCAUCUUCCGCCGUACAACCGGAGCAGCCAUUUGGUGAACCAGAUCCAGCGACUCUACCCGAAGCCUUCCGCGAACCAAGUUCUCCAGAACGGCAUAGGGGCAAGACCUACUCAGCGCGCAAGCGUCGAAAGCUUGAUAGUGACGAAGAAGAGGCUCGACCAAAGACUGCGGAGAAGAAUCUUGGUGAUACGCAGUACAGUAUGCCCGAUGAGGAAGAAGACUUGAAGGUUAGAAGCGUGAGGAAAACACCUGCGCGUAAUGUCGCCGCUGCAUCUGCCAGUGAGAAGAAGGCUGCGAGUACCGCUAAGAAACCAAGAACAUCGCAGGCGCAACAAGAUGUGGAGACGCCUAGUCGCCCUGGGCGGAAGCGGGGAGUCUUGAGUCCUCCGACGACAUCUUUACCAGGGGCGUCAUAUGAAGGGAAGCCGCCGAGAAUCGUCCUGAGUUCGUCGGAUGUCGAUCACGAAAAGGAAGUAAAGUCCUUCUUGGCGAGUUCUGCGGCAAAGAUCGUGGAUGACAUUUCUGCUGCUGCGUCUACACAUCUCGUUGUGGGUGGGGACGGGUUGAAGCGGACGAGUAAACUCGUCGUGGCAAUAGCUCUAGGGAAGCCUGUCGUGCAUGAAAACUGGUUGAGAGAAAGCGCAAAGGCGGGACAUCUACUUGACAUCACAUCCUUCCUGGCAAGAGACGAGGAGCGGGAAAGGGAUUGGGCCUGUGACCUCAGUCGCGCUGCGGGUAAGCCAAGGACGGUGCUGGACGAGCACACCGUCUACUUUACUCCGGCAUUGUUGAAAAGCCUUAAAGCAUCUGGCGCUGAGGGAGGAGUAGUGCAGAUUAUCAAGGCAGCGGGCGGUACGUCUGUUCGCAAACCACCAGCGAAAUCACAAAACCCCUCCGAGAACGAGCUUAUGCUUGGGAGCGAAAAAGACGAUGAGGACGUCAAAACUUGGAAUGAGCAUGGAUGGACGCUUUACAGACAGGAAUUGGUUAUCCUAGGGGUUCUGAGAGGGAAAUUGGAGCUGGAGAAUGAUGAGUUUGUCAUCAAGAGCGGCGACGCAACAGGGAGCGAGGCUGGUACUGCAAGCCAACGGAGUGGAAGAGGAAGCAGACGGUCUACCAGGAGUACCUGA